AUGGAAGAAGUGUCCCCGCUGCUGACCCCCUCGAUCGACGCCGAAACGCACCCGUUCAAGUUCUCGGCGCUCAAGCUCGAGAAUCCCAUCCUGCCCGUGUCCAUCCCGUUUGUCGCGGAAAAGUCGCCGAGCCCGCCGACGAGCGAUACGACUGUGUCUGAUUACGGGGAUGGGAAUGGGCAUGGGAAUGGGAAUGGGAAGACGGGCGGGACGGCGCCGGCGGCGGACGAACCGGGAACGGCGCGAGAGCAGGGAGAGGAGGUGAAGAAGAAGAAGUGGGGGGAUGCGACGAAGGUGAAGCCGGGGGAGUUUGAGCCGGAGAGGCAUUUCUAUCCAAGGGUUUUGAACGCCAACAUCCACCCUCUCGUCGCCUCCUUCUUCUCCCUCGGCAACGAACGCAUCAUCGCCCGCUACACCCACCUGAACCCGCAGGUCGACAUGGAAGCGCUCACAAAACUCCUCGCGUACAAACCCACCUACUUCCAGUGGGCCGGAUCGGACUUGUUCAAUGUGACGACCGCCAGCGGCCAACGCCAGAUGAUCAUCGUCGAGACCAAUUCGUGCCCGUCGGGUCAGAAAUCGAUGCCGUUGUUGUCGGACCCUGAGGAACAUGGCGGUUACGGUAUAGUGAUCUCCCGCACCUUCCUCCCCCUCCUGCGCACGCUCCCCCCCACCCUCGGCGGCCUCGCCGUCGUCUACGACAAGAACAUGAUGGAGGCCUCAGGCUACGCUGCCGUCAUGGCCGAGGUGUGUGGCGAGGAGGUUUACCUGGUCGAGUAUUACCUGGAGGACCCGGACCCGCCGGUCCAGUGGCGGGACGGGGUGAUGUGGGUUCGGGAUCGGGUGAAAGAAUGGCAUCCGAUCCGCGCCUGUUUCCGCUACGUCACGCAAAAGCCCUGGUCGCGGUUCCCGCUGUCCACACGCACGCUCGUGCUCAACAGCGUGAUCUCGUGUCUCGCGGGCGGCCGCAACAAGAUGAUGGCCGCGCGCGCGUACGAUUUCCUCAACGCCGAGCUGGCCGGGACCGGGCUGGGCGUGCGGGUGCCCGAGACCAUCCGCAACGUCACGAAGGGGGAGAUCCCGCUCUGGCUGGAUAGUAUGGGCGGGCAUGCGGUGGUCAAGGUGCCUUACUCUAACGCUGGUAGCGGCGUCUACACAAUCACGACCGCGACCGAACUCUCCACGUUCAUGUCGACCCCGCACCACUACGGCAAAUUCAUCGUGCAAUCCCUCGUCGGCAACGCGUCGUGGUCGUCCAUCUCGCGCACGGGCCGCUUCUACCACGUCGGGACCAUCCCCAACAAGAAGAACCACACCUUCGUCACCGACCUGCGCUGCAUGGUGUGUGCCGACGCCGGCGGGUUUGCCCCCGUCGCGAUAUACGCGCGGAGGGCCAGACGCCCGCUGCUGAGGAGGCUGGAGGAUGACCCCAGUGUAACAUCGUGGGAGAUGCUGGGCACGAACCUCUCGGUGCGGCUCCCGAGCGGGGACUGGACGACCGAAGCGCAGCGGCUGCUGCUGAUGGACCGCAAAGACUUCAACCAACUGGGGCUCGGGAUCGACGACCUGAUCGACGCGUACAUCCAGACGGUGUUGAGUGUGAUCGCGAUCGAUAAGAUGGCGGGGCGGUUGAUGCGCGGGGACGUGGGGGGUGGGGAGGGGGACGGGCAGAAGGCGUGGGAGAGCGAGUAUGAGUUUGAUUUGGAGUUGUUUGAGGCGUUGAAUCCGGAUAAGGCGCUUUUGAAGGAGAUUUUGGGGUGA